UCAUGUCUUCGUCAAUAUGUACACAUUUCUCCCAGAAUGCCUGGAAAAAAGAUUUAUGUUCGAAUUGUUUUAAAUCGAAGGAUGAGCAUAAACAAGCUGCUGCUGCCUUGGCUGCCUCCCGAUCCAAAUACACCUCCCUUUCGUCAAGUUUAAGUUCGGGCCUUAGCUCCAAGUCAUCCUCCUCAAGCGAUCCAAAGACUGAUUAUCCAAAUAAAAAUAAGAAACCUGCAAAAAGUAUCAUCAAAAGGACACCCGGAAAGGGUAAACAUAAAUCCCAUAAAGUAAAUUUCCCUAAAAACAUCUCCGAAAUUAUUGGCUAUGGUGGUGAAUGGUCCGAUGAUUCGGAUGAUGAUCAUGAUUUUAUGAAUUUAGCCAAUGAUAAAGAUGAUGAUAAAAUUUCGGGUUCCGAUGAUGAAGAGACCAUCGAAUUGAAACGUAUCACCCGAGCCAAUACAGACUUUAAUAUGAAUAAUGGUAAUUUACUGGGCGACCCGCAGGAAAAUAUUAAGAAAACAUUUGCGGCAUUAAAAUUGGGUGCUCCCCAAGUCGAUAAGGAGGGUAAAAAGCAAACAUUGCAAAUUAAUGUUUUGCCAUUUGGAGCCAAUGAAACCAAGGAGGUAAGUGCAAAGACCACCCAGGUGGUGGCAUCAACCUCCACGGCAAGUAGCAGUAAAUCUGCUGUGAAAGCUAAAUUUGAAACAAAAACAGAAAACACAGUCACCACCACAACAACUACAACAUCAAUUAAAUCGGUGGCAAAGAAAUCAAAUACCACAAGUUCUAGUAGUUCGAGUAUGUCCAGCAAAGCCCUCAACGAUCCAAUGUCUUCCGCAAUGGAAAGUGAUGGCAAGGAUAGUCCACCCAUUGAAAGGGCCAUGGAGAAAUCAUUGUUGGAUGAAAUUUCCGAAACCUUGGAAAAGAAACAAACAGAAAAAUUGGCCACCGAACAAAAGGCCUCAGCAGCUGGUGGCAAUACGGCCUCAGCCUCCAGUAGCUCUGCGGGUAAAAUUAAAUUCGAAAUUGGCAGCCUCACUGAGUCAUUGGAGAACAAGACCUUUCUCGACCUUAAGAAGCCAAUUGUGCGUAACCCGCCUAUCACAAAGGAUCAAGUCAAACCCAAAGUAAAUGUGUUCAAUAAAUAUUCCGAUUCGGAUAGCAACUGUUCGGAUACAGAGAAUGGCAUUUCCGCAUACUAUGAUGUGGUGGAGACCUCACAGACUUAUGAAAAUCUACCCGAUGGUAAAUAUGAAAGUAAAGAUAAGGCAAAGGCGAAUAGCUCCGCCAAGGCAGAUCAAACCGAUUCCAAUUCCUCUUCCUCCAAUGUUUUCUCUUCUUCACAAUAUAUCACAGAUAUGCUGCUUUCUUCCAAGACCCGGGCAGCAUCGUAUAAUCUACACGAGGGUAACUUUAUGACCAGUAAAAUAACCUCCGAUGGUUUGAUUGUCACGAAAUGUAGCUCCGAUGAUGCUCUCGAUUCUACGGGCAGUAGUUUUGAUGGCAGCAGUGAUGAAGAGACUUCGUAUAAUAUGAUCCGCAGUGAAUCGGAUUCGGGUAUUGGCAUUAGUAUCGGGCAUGAUUAUAAAAACAUACACAUGACCGAAAAGGAUAGAGAUCGCUUGAGAAUUGAAAAGAAAUUGAGUGCCAGUACGAAUAAUUCCGAUUAUGAAGAUAUUCAGGUGGCAGAUCAGAAGCCCUUGAUGACCCUCAAGGAAAUUAAAUUAAAUGAAGAAGUGGAGAAGUCGGCUCCAUUCUUAUUGGAAAAAUCAAGGGAGUUACAUGGGGAGCCAGAUGGCAGUGCUGAUCCUGAUGGUAGUUUGGAAAAUCAAGAGCCCCAGGAAAUACCACCCUUGCCUAAGUCACCACCACCCACAACCAAAGUUAUUGAUGCUCGUCCAUCCUUCUUGCAUGGCUUGCAGAAACAACAUCCUCCCAUUUUGCUAAAGAAACCGGAUUUGCCAGUUAAGCCAUUAGUUUCACCCACACCAAGUCCCAUGAAGACCUUCCUAACAAAGAGGCCACCAACCACCACCUCUACCACUUCCAGUAAUAAUAACAACUCCAAUAGUGGUAUAUCUUCACCACCCUCCAAUGAUCAACAGCAGGUCAUAUCCCAGCUACAAAUGAUCAUGUCCAAAUCUUUGGAAAAUCAGGACAAUGACUCUACGAAAGAUGAAAAUAAACUGAAAAAGGGUAAGGCACCCAAUCCUCCGCCAGCACUAGAAACCAAAUCCAGUGCCCCACCAUCACCUGAAAAAGAUUACAAUAUGGAGGAGGAAUUUGCCAAACAACAAAACAAUGAACCUCCCAAGCAAACCCCAUCUCAGGCCCCCAACAAGGAUCAAGAGGAACCAAAAGAAUCCCAUUACUCCGCAAAUGAUUUUGGUAACUCCUCCCCUGCGGCCUCAAUGUAUACACGCAAAAUAGGCGCCAUGACCAGUGACGGCACUGUGGGUAAAAAUUCCGCUGCCGCUGCUGCCAUUCGCGAAAAAGAUAAACGUGAACGGGCCAUUAUCAAUCCUAAGUUCCGCAGCCUUAACACCUUUGCCACUCAACGCAGCAAUGCCAUAAAAAAUCUGCAACUUCAAAAUGCCACAUCCUCCAUCAGCUUUAAUCAAUCACUCACACCCGAACCUAAACCGCGAACUCCUAAAACCCUUUCCGCCUCGGAGGAAAAUCUCACUGCCGAUAGUAUCACCAAAACUGUCACCACAUCUAUGUCCAUCACCAAUUUGGCUACAGCCUCCUCUCAAUCGGGCGAUAAGAAAUCCUCUUCCUCGGCCAAUCAAACCAAAACUAAAACGAAAUUUUCCAUUAAGAAAUUUUUACGCAUGGGAGCCAGUAAGACCACAGAAAAUCUAACCAAACAAAAGGAAAGCAUUUAUUCGGAAAUUUGCACCGGCGAAGAGGUGGGUGUUGCGGGCAAGCCGCGUUUAGUCAUCAUCCAUCCCAUCGACAUCAAUACCACAGCUGUCGAAGUGGUCAAGGACAUAACAAAGACAAACGAUUCAGUUACAGCCCAAACAGUGGCUGUGGUCACGGCCAAACCGCCGGCACCACCAUUACGUUCCAUGGACACGCAACGUAGUCACGAAAUGAAUAAGCCAGCAAGGCCGCCGCCACCAAAAAGUGCAGAAUUGCGAAGAAAGCAACAGAUUGCAUUGACCACAUCAUUGCCAAUGGCAUCGUCCAACAACAACAUCCGCAUUAUGGGAGGAGGAGGAAGUUCAGCAGGAGAUCAACAAAGCGGUUCGAUAAAAAGCAAAUCGGACAAUGUUUAUGCCAAUUUAGGCGAAAUUCGUUCAUCAAUCGCACCACGUAAACCAGAACGUACGGCCAGUAUGCGUGAACGUGAGGCACAAUUGGAAUUGGCACGUAAACGUCAUAUUGGAAUUAAUCAACAGUCGAAUGGAAACAACAGCAAGGAAAACGUCGAUACUCUCUCAAUUUGCUCGUCAAAUGGUGAAAAUGUAUCUGCGGAUCAACAACAUUCCACAAAUCCCAAUGGUUCUAACAAUGCAACAACUACAAAUUCUAACAACAACAAGCAACAUGCCAUUAAAAAUAUACAAAGUCCACAAUUGGGUGGCAUCAAUGCCUCACGUCAGGAAGGUAAAUCGUCGACAACAAAUAAUAGUGGCAGUCGUACCAGUACCUUUGAACGUAAGAAAAAUGAAGCGAAACCAACAAUGUCCAAUAAAUUGGAAAUAUUUGAAACAAACGCACAAACGAACAACAACAGCAACAACAACCAGAACGCCAGCAAUGCGUCCGAUACUUGUUCGAUUAAAUCGGACAGUCGCACCAAUAGCCUUAAGGAUACGGUGCGCAAGAUCAACAGUACCAUUGAUAAUUACCUAAAGGAUAAGAGGGACUAUGAGAAUAUGUAUGAAAUGGUUAAGACACCAUCAUCGCCGCCACCACCACCAGCCAGAUCGGCUGAUUUGCAGGCCUCACAGAGGCUCAUGCAGGCACGACGUAGAGAGAAUCUACAAUUGGACACCAUCUCUGUGGCCAGUUAUACACGCAGUGAAUAUGGACCUGUUAGGACUUAUGGCCUCAACAAUAGUUUGGCGAACAUUCCACGCAUGAUUUCGGCUUCGUAUUGCGGCAGUGAAAUGGGUGAUUUGGAUAUAUAUUCACCCUACAGUUAUUAUGGCAGUGAAGCGGGUGGUGACAUUACUGCUGAUAUUAAUGACAGUGUGUGGGGUGUACCAUCGGCCAUGAAGACCCGAGUAAAAGCCACAAAUCGCCUACGCAUGCGCAAGGGACGCAGUGUCGUCCACAAAACCAUCGAGGAUAAUUACUCAGCUGUUGUGGGAGCCAAUCAUGAAGCCUUGGCACAAGUUUUGGAACAGCUCCAACAAACCCCCAUUAUACCGCCAGCCCUGCGGCCACUUGCCAAUGCCAUAAACUUGCGUUUUGAAGAUUUCACCAUCCUCGAAGGAGCUCAAGCAUUUGUUGUGGGCAAAAAAGCAUUCCAUGCCGCACUGUGGACAACAGCACCCGUAACAUUGGCCCUCUCAGCCGAUUGCAAUCAAUUAGCCGGCAUUGGUGGAGAAUUAAGUCAACUUUCCGGUGGUGUAUCGGGUGCACUAAAUCCCAUUACAGAAUUUUGUGAUGUUGUACCCAGCUAUCAUUUGCCAUUAAUGCCAACAACAGAAAUGACAUUGUUACAGGCUACCAUAUCGGUGUUGCCACGUCUGCAGCUGGACACCUUGCAAUCGAUUGGAGCCAUACUAAAGGGUAAAUCACAUGUUUUGGAUAAGAGCAAUUUCAAUUUCCGUGGUUCGAUACCUAAUCUGACAAUAUUGAAAGAUGUAGGUGCGCUUAACAACAAUGCGAACAACAACAUGAGAAAUGGCAUGUCGGUACAAAAUCUCAGUACUCUCAAUGAAGAAAUUGCUGGCAGUGGAGAUUUAAGUUUGAAAUUACCCGAACAGCAGCAGGAACAAAAUACAGCCAUCAAUGGCAUGCCAGCAUUUGAUGAUGUCAUGACCCGUGAGGUGGCCUUCAUAAUGCUACAACUUAUCAACGGUAUGAAACAUUUGCAAGUUAAAGCUGUCGAAGAGAUGCCAUUGAGCCUUUCCAAUGUGGUGCUAUCCAAGGAAUACGAUAACAAAGAUGCCCAGGCGCGUUUGUGUGUAUUACAGGGGUAA